GGAAUCAUGAGACAGAAAAUUCCUACUGUCAAUACUUUACAUGACUUCCAGUUGCAGUGUAUGUAGCACCGAAAGAAAUUUAAAACAAAAACCUUCUUGCUUUUCCUGGCUCAUACAUUUUCUAUUAACCAAAGAAUACCAUUAUCAUCAUCAGAAGACAUUGGAAUACUUACACCUCAUUUUUAUUAAUAAAACACAAAAAAAUCAUUAGAAAUUCAGGAAAUAUAAAAAUUAAAACAUUUCCAUUACAACUGCUGGUAGCUUGGAGAGCAAUAGCAAUAACGAUAAUUAUCACGGUUUCUAUUUUAUCUAAACAAAGACUCCUUUAUUUCGCCUCUUGCUCCUUGGCUGUGUACACACACACGUAUAUACAUCAAGAUAUAUUUACAUAUAUUCACUGAUUGAUUGCACAAGAAAUACUACAAUAACAAGAAUUAGGUACACGGGUUUCCUGUGUCCUAAACAAAAUAAGGGGCCCUUUUUUUCACCCAACCGUUUCCCACCCAACUUUCAAAAUUAGGGGGGACAUCGAAUGUGGUUUAAUGGCCACCGCAGAAUCCUGGCAUAGUCCGCCAUAUUUAAAUAUUAAACAAGAAGUAUUAGAUAAGACCCCUAGCUGUAUAAGGGGUUCCUAUUCAUAUUUUGAUCCCAGUGUAGGAUCCAUCGACGGGUCCACCGCUGCUGCUGCUGCAGCUGCUGCAGCAGCGACAUCGCCCGUGUACCAGUUAACUCCACGGGGUAUGCAGCCAGGCUUGUCUGUGAACUUUCACCAGGACAACAAUCAGAUCUUUCGCUCAGAAGAAGUCGAAGUACUUUUAAACCAACUCGACGUCAACACGUCGUCACAAGGUGGGGCUUCUCAUCAGUCGAACAGCAUCUCUAAUAACGGCUCCAUUGCUACCUCAACAAGCCCUUCCAUUGUUAACCAAAAACUACCACAGCAAACAAACUCAAUGUUUCAAAACCACGUUUCAGCAAUGCCUAUGACGAGCCCUUCAGGAGUUACUCCUUACGAAAGUCCUUCAAACACGUACCUUCACCCAGCCAACAGUAGCCCUGUAUACGUUCCAACUACUCGUGCUGUCCUCCCCAUGCAAUAUGUAGGCAACGGCACGGGUCAAAACUCAGCCGGGUCUCCCACUUCUGGAACAAUGUGGUCGAUGCCAAAUUCAGAAACACCUUAUAGCACAACCAACUCCGCUUCACAUCAUCCCGUUUCUUCGAGAUUUGCAUUCACUCCUGCUCCUAGUUCACCUAUAACCAGUCCAUCGGUGGUUCGAUCGGACAGUAGUUUUAGUACACCGUUGCACAGACCUAGCGGUCUUAGUUCUUACCCUUCUUAUAUGAGUCAGGAUAUCUCUCCAUGGAAUGGCUACAACAACAUUUCUCUACAGUCUGGAAUGAGAUGCUCCGUCCCUGACCAGAAUGGACAACCAGACUGGGCGUAUGCUGGAUACUGUCCUAGAGGUAAGUACAUUCAAGGUUUUGAUUCUGAUUUUAUUAAUGCUUAUUUUUAA